AUGACCAGCGAUAUGCUGGAGCUGCCAACUGUGGCUGAGCAGCUCAGGCUAUGUUGCUUGUGUUUAUGCUUCUGUAACACACUGUUCCCUUUUCCACAGCCUAAGGGAAAGAAGGCUAAGGGGAAGAAGGUGGCACCAGCCCCUUCAGUGGCCAAGAAGCAUGAGGCCAAGAAAGUAGUCAACCCCCUGUUCGAGAAGAGGCCCAAGAACUUUGGCAUCGGCCAGGAUAUUCAGCCCAAGCGUGAUUUGACACGCUUUGUGAAAUGGCCUCGUUACGUCCGCCUGCAGAGGCAGCGCUCCAUCCUCUACAAGCGUCUGAAGGUUCCCCCUGCGAUCAACCAGUUCACCCAGGCUCUGGACCGCCAGACUGCCACUCAGCUGUUCAAGCUGGCUCACAAGUACAGGCCCGAGACCAAGCAGGAGAAGAAGCAGAGGCUGCUGGCUCGUGCUGAGCAGAAGGCUGCUGGAAAGGGAGAUGCCCCAACAAAGAGGCCUCCCAUUAUCCGUGCAGGUGUGAACACCGUCACCUCUCUGGUGGAGAGCAAGAAGGCCCAGCUGGUCGUCAUUGCCCAUGAUGUGGAUCCUAUUGAGCUCGUGGUCUUCCUGCCUGCUCUGUGCCGCAAGAUGGGUGUCCCUUACUGCAUCGUGAAGGGGAAGGCUAGACUGGGCAGACUGGUGCACAGAAAGACAUGCACUUCAUUUGCCUUCACACAGAUUAACCCUGAGGACAAAGGUGCACUUGCUAAGCUCGUGGAAGCCAUCAAGACCAACUACAAUGACAGAUACGAGGAGAUCCGCCGUCACUGGGGAGGUAACAUCAUGGGUCCCAAAUCCACAGCCCGCAUCACUAAGCUGGAGAAGGCAAAGGCCAAGGAACUUGCAACCAAGCUUGGUUAAAUUGUUUGGAAUAAAAAAUGUAUACCCUAAAAGAA